GAUGUUGAAACUGAGACGUUUAACCACUCCAGGAAAAUAGCAGCUCGUUUUUAAUUCAAUGUAAGCAACAAACAGGGGAACCUUUACAUUUCUAUUUAUUUUUAUCGGUAGUUUGAUUUAAUUCAAUCAUCUUUCCAGCCCUCCUCUCUCUCUCUCUCCCUCUCUCUCUCUCCACCUCGCUCGCUCUCUCUUGGGAGCAUGCGCAGUCAGCUCAGUGCUUCGUUAUUUCCGUGUUGUGGAGCUGUCAGCAGAGUAAGGCGGAUCGUCACGGACGGUAAGUGCCGUUAAACUCUCGGUUCCGGGGCCGUUGCUCGGCUCUCUUUCCGGCCGGUCCUCUGCUGCCUCUCAGCGGCCCUCUGCCGCUGUCCAGGCCGUUUUCUGGAGCUCGGAGGCCGGCGGAGAGAGCCGAGGAUCACCGCCGGGAUUCUGCCGUUUGUUGUUUCCUGAUUCAGCCUGUCAGCUCCCAAACAUCCGAUUGUAGUGAGGAUGAGUGUUUGACUCCUCCAGGCUGCCGUACAUCCUCGUCUUUACUCUGUGUGAUCGAGAAGAAAUACUACAAAGAAGAUGAAGAACAAAGUCAGCAGUAACCAAGUCAGCGUGAAGCGGCGGUCGUGGUCGUGGCAGCAGUACCUGAACGAACAGAAAGCUGAAGCCGCUCCUCUCUCGCUGUUCACCCAGGCCCAGUCCUUUCCCAGUAGGAAAAUAGCUUUUAAAGUGGGGAUGAAGCUAGAAGGUGUGGACCCUCUCCACCCCUCCAUGUUCUGUGUGCUGACAGUCGCAGAGGUGAUUGGCUGGAGGUUGCGUCUCCACAUUGAUGGGUACUCAGAGUGCUAUGACUUCUGGGAAAACGCUGACUCCGCCCACAUCAGACCAGCUGGCUGGUGUAAAGAUAACAACCAUAAGCUCCACCCACCCAAAGGUCAAAGCGAGGCAGAAUUUGAUUGGCCGAGCUACCUUCAGUCCACUGGCUCUGAGGCUGCUCCGCCCACUCUGUUCACCAGAGGCACUGCGAGCUGUAGCUUCACCAUGGGGAUGAAGUUGGAAGCGGUCGACAGGAAGAACCCCGGACUGGUCUGCGUGGCCUCGGUUGCCGAUGUCAUCGAUGACCACUUCCUGGUUCACUUUGAUAACUGGGACGACACGUACGACUACUGGUGUGACAGCAGCAGUCCGUACAUCCAUCCUGUUGGCUGGUGUGAAGAGCAGGGGCGCCCCCUGACUGCUCCACAGGGUCAUCCAAGGCCAGAGCACUUUGUGUGGGACGAGUAUCUGCAGGAAACUGGUUCAACUGCUGCUCCCAGUUCAGCUUUCACACUGAGGGACCCUCACAGUUUCCAGGUGAACCACAGACUGGAGGCCGUUGACAGGAGGAAUCCCAUGUUAAUCCGUGUUGCCACAGUAACAGAUACAGAGGACUACAGGGUGAAGGUCCACUAUGACGGCUGGGAGGAGCAGUUCGACGUCUGGUGUGACAGCGACCUCAGCGACCUCCAUCCUGUUGGCUGGUGUCAACGCACAGGACACCCUCUGGAACUGCCGCCAGGCUGCCCCUCCCUGUCCCCCCCGUCUCAGGGCGUCUGUCCGACCACCGGCUGCAGAGGAGUCGGUCACAUCAGAGGAGCCAAAUACAGCGGACACCACAGUGCCUUUGGCUGUCCCUACUCGGACAUAAAUAUGCGUAAGGAGGCAGUGCUUCCUGAUCGGUUAGGAGGAGAGAGGGUCAUCACCCUUGUACCUGUGACACAGUAUCACCAUGGCAACCAGUCCGACAGUGUUCAGGAGAAGUCGGAGGACGUUGACUCACCUCUGCUGCCUCUGGGGAAGAGAAGAAGAAUGACAGACAGAGUGCCUCAACCAACCAAAUUACUGCGUGUGAAACAGGAGGAGGAGGAGCUUCACCUAGGAGCCCUCAGCCCAGCAGAGUCCAGUCUCCAGGCUGCCCUGCAUCAGUCCGUCUUCCUGUCUGCCAUGUCGCCGCAGCCUGGUCGUGACCUGUCACUCUGCUGGGAGCAACACCGCAAACUCCUGCCAGGAGUCGCCGGAGUCCAUGCCGAGACCGUCCAACAGUGGAGCGUCCAACAGGUGUCUGACUUCGUGGAGUCUCUUCCCGGCUGUGAGGAUCAGGCCAAACACUUCAGAGACGAGCAAAUUGAUGGGCGGGCCUUCCUCCUACUCACCCAAAGAGACAUCGUCAGGAUCAUGUCCAUCAAACUUGGUCCUGCCCUCAAAAUCUACAACUCCAUCCUGAUGUUCAAACAUGCCGAGGAAAAGAACCAAUCGGACGCUAAGGAGAUGAACCAAUCAAAUGCUGAAGCUGAGAACCAAUCAGAUGUUGGGGAAAGGAAUCAGUCACAGACUGAGGACAAGAACCAAUCAGCUGCUGAGAAAAAGAACCAAUCAGGUGUAGGGAAAGACAGCCAGUCCCUAACUGAAGAUGAAAACCAAUCAAAUGCUGGGGAAGAGAACCAAUCAGACGCUAAAGACAAGAACCAAUCAGGGGAAGGGAAAGAGAGCCAGUUAGAUAUUUCAGAAACAAACCAAUCAAAUGCUGACAACAGGAACCAAUCACAUGCUGGGGAAAUGAGCCAAUCACAAGCUGCAAAUACUACACCUGAAAGCUGCAGCUUAUGAGCCAAUCAGAAAACACGUGAAUGAUGUCUGGCAGUGAACUGUCUGUGUGGGCGUGGCUACAUUUGACAUCUGACCAUCGUCAUAUAAAGGCAUGUGAUGUCACAAGUGUAAUCUCAGGUGUUCUAUGAGCAGGUAGUCCUUGGAUGACAUGGUGGUCUUAAAGCUCCAUUUUAUGCCCCGCCUCUUUUUGUAGGUGGGCCUUAAUGACAUGGAAAACUGAACCAGCACCAAUAAGGAAAGGAGUCUGGGAAGUUGAGGCCCAAGUACACACCUGCUGUAAAAUCAAAAAUACCACCUGAAAUGAUUUUCUAUAUUUCUAUAUUUAUAUCAGAUUAGAUCCAUACAAAGUUAUCUGAGGACCUAAAUGAAGACCGUGCCAUUGAAGAGACAGAAACACUUUCUUAACAGACCAAACCCUCCAACAAAUGCAGCCUUCUGAUGGAACUCUUUGGAGGGGAAAGGCUUUAUGUGAUCGUGUGAGAAACAGAUAGCUUUUUUUCCUCCUAUGGAAAUACGAAGGUUACAGUAUUUCUCUGUUCAAACGCCGCACAGAGGAACAAGAUGACAGAGGAGACUAUCCCAAUAAACACCAGCCAUAGCUCCUUUGGUACUGGCAGGGCAAAAACUGAAGUCCAUGAGCUCGGCUGUUUUUGAAAAGGUCACCAAACAACUCACAAAAACUUGUCUUACGAAUACCACAAGAGGGCAGUGUUUGGCCACUUUUCUUGAACAUGGUGAGCAUGACCACUAGGAGUGUGACGAGAUCUCGUGCCAUGAAAUCUCGUGGGUCUAAAAUCUCACCAGAUUUCUUUUGGAGGGGAAAAAUGCCUCGUGAGAUUCACAGGGUGCUUUGAGGCGGCAGUAGCUCCCUGACCUUGCUAAGCAGCUCCAUCAGUGUCAUCAGGCAAAUCCACCUUAAAAGCUCCUGUUGGGACCAAUCAACAUAAUCGGAGGAUAAAAAGAUGGUAGCAACGGGAGGGGUUAGGUUGUACUGGAAGCCAUUAGCUCACUGUUGCAGUUAGCGCGGGUGUAGCUAUCAUGUAGCAGCAGUCUUACCAGAACUGGACCACAUUUCAUUAACAAAAAAAGAUCAAAGAACAGCACUGAAAGCUGAGUUUGCAAUCAUUACUCAAAUCUGACCUUAGAGUCCCAUCACACCCCUUGACUCACCUGAGGCGUCUGCUUGGACUGACUUGACACAGAAGUUUUUGUUUCUUUCAAAGAUUUCCUCCAAUCAAAAGCACAAAAUAAAUCAGAAUUUUAUAAUCAGCUCUCUCUGCUUAAAGUCCUGGUAAAAUGAACAUCUAAACACUAGAUAUGUUGGAGUAAGGUUGCUGCAAACGUAAAAACACUGCACUCUAUGUGUGACUGAGUAGAGCCAGGCAGCCGCUCUGUAAGGUUAGGGGGCCGGCUAAAUGCUGGAGUGCUUUUUUUUUCACUUGGCCCAGGCACAGCAGGAACAAACAUCUUACCUGUUGAAGGUGUGUUUUGAUCCAUAUUUCACUGUCUUUAGUCCUGAAUGAUUAAAAGGAGCAGACUGUGGCUUUGUCUCUCUCAAAGCAGCAACAGCUCAGUCCCUCCUCUCAGCUAGCACUGCAGUGCUAGAGUUCUGCAAACUAUCUGAUGAUAGACACGUUCCAUUCCUUCCAAGCAAGUCACAAUAGAAGUCUCCAACUCUAAUCAUCAUUUAAGACUUUUAGUUUGAAGUGCAACAUCAGGAAGUGGAGUUUUUAGUAGCAACUUAACAAAGACGUUUCAUAAACGAGAGAGGAACAGGUUUUCUUUUGGCUGUUAGCUUACAGCUGUGUUUUGGGUGCUGAAAAAUGUGAAGCUCUUUUGUUGUGUAAAUGAUUAACAUGCAGUUCCACUAAAUACAGACUUUUCACACAUGCUCAGUACAACUCUAGUCUGCAUCUGUGUUUGAGCAGAUGGACUACAACAACAAUGGAGGCCUCCUAAGUUCUGUUUGUUGACAUUUUCUCUAAAUUUACUCUCUGUUGUUCGCGUAGUGUUUUAUGUUUUUUUGUGCCUCCUCAUAAACGCCGUUUGACACAAAAAAUGGUUCAGUUUUCAGGGGAUGGUUUUCGUGUCAGCGUGGCCCAAAGGCGGAUAAAGAUCUGUCAGUUUUUCUAAAUGGUCCUCUGAGGUCUGAUUGGAUCGAUAGGUUGUCACAUGACCUGUAAAUUCAUAUUUUCAUUGACAUAAGGGCUCAUGACGCAACACCACACAGGUGUUAAACUGCAGAUGAUGUCACACUAGCUCCACCCCCUCCGUGAUGAUGAUGAUGAUGAUGAUGAUGAUGAUGAUGUUGACGUCAUCAGACCUUCUCAGGAUUUCUUCUUCAUGCUUUGUUGUUUGGUCACUUCCUGUCGACGCUCCGUCUGUGUGACAUCAACCAAAGGUCCCGCCUCCUCUGCUGUGAUUGGUUGGUCUGAAAGGCAGAAACACCUGAGACAAUUUUACUUGUAGAGUUUCUAUUUUAGUUUUUAUUGAGUGUUUUCCACAGAUUUCUAUGAGAGUUUAUAUUUAAUAUUAUUAUAAAUAUGAUCAUUUAUACCUGUGUGUGCUGCAGGGAUUCAAACCAACAACCCGUCCCUUUGACCCCCCCCCCCAGUGAUGUCGCUAGUUGCUAAUGACAUCUGAACUCUAACAUGCUGGGGAAACUCUACUGCACAUGCUCAGCGUGUCCCUCACAACUCCUCAGGUUUCCAUGGUAACAGCUCCUGAAGUCACAUGUCUGCUGUGUUAAUAUUUCAGCUAUCAGCUGAUGUUUGCUUUGACAUCCUGUCAGCGAUCUAUACGAUCA